AUGAUGUAUCCCAAAACCGCCAUUUGUGCGGGAUUGCUCUCUCAAAUCCUCCCAGUAUCAGCUGCUCUCUUGGAAAAAUUGGCAGCAGCACCUAGCGGAUGGACUGCAUCGACAACAGAUUCGAGUGCGGCUAUUACUCUUACAGUUGGUCUUGCUAUGCAAAAUCUCGAUCAAUUGGAGGCCAAACUUCUUGCCGUUUCGACACCCGGAAAUGCGGAGUAUGGAAACCAUCUUGAUGCUGAUACGGCCAAUGCUUUGUUUGCUCCUUCUGUGGAUGCAAGUAGUGCUGUUACUUCGUGGUUGACGGGUGCGGGUGCGCACAAUGUUGUGAUCAUUGGAUCGACUGUUACGUUUGCGACAACGAUUGAUAACGCCAAUUCGAUCCUCAAUGCAACAUUCCAGACCUAUACAAGCAAUGGUGUGUCGAAGGUCCGAACUACUCAAUACUCGGUUCCGGAUGAUGUUGCGGAACAUAUCGAACUCAUCUCUCCCACAACUUACUUUGGAAAGACAGUCGCCAAUGUUCCAACCAAAAUUACAAAGAGAGCUACUCCGCCGACGAAAGUAUCAGUUGAUGCUGCAUGCUCGACAUCCAUCACUCCACAAUGUAUCAAGGAACUGUACAAUGUUGGAAACUAUACCCCUUCGGUUUCUUCCGGGAGCAGAAUCGGAUUCGGUAGUUUCCUCAACCAGUCAGCUCUUUAUACUGAUCUCUUCCAAUAUGAGAAAUACUUCGGUAUCCCAGCGCAAAACUUCUCAGUCACUCUUAUCAAUGGAGCCACCAAUGAUCAGGAUGAAAGUACUGCACAGAUCGGAGAGGCUAACCUAGAUGUUCAAAACAUUAUUGGUGUCGCUCAUCCUUUACCUGUUCAGGAAUUCAUCACUGGUGGUUCUGCACCAUUCAUUCCCAAUAUCGAUCUGCCAACAGCUGCAGACAACUCCAAUGAACCAUAUUUGCCAUAUUACGAAUACCUGUUGUCUCAGUCAAACUCCGCUUUACCACAAGUGAUUUCGAAUUCUUACGGUGAUGAUGAAGAUACAGUUCCAUAUGCAUAUGCGGUCCGAGUCUGCAACCUGAUCGGUAUCAUGGGGCUUCGAGGUAUCUCCGUCCUCGAAUCAUCUGGAGAUACUGGUGUAGGAGCAGGAUGCAUUGCCAACGAUGGAUCCAACUCCCCACAAUUCUCACCUCAAUUCCCCGGUACAUGUCCAUAUAUUACUUCAAUUGGAGGUACCCAAGCCGUAUCUCCCGAAGUUGCAUGGGAUGAUGGUUCAGGAGGAUUCUCAAACUAUUUCCCAACUGCUUGGUAUCAGACCGCUGCUGUGGAAGAAUACUUGAGUAAACAUAUCAGUCCAUCUACGAAGAAAUAUUAUGAAAGUUACACCAACUUUUCUGGUCGUGGAUUCCCAGAUAUAUCGGCUCAUAGUUUGACCCCUGAUUACCAAGUAGUCUACUACGGCAAACUAUCACCCUCGGGUGGAACAUCGGCCGCAGCUCCCGUCAUAGCAGGUAUCCUCGGACUCCUCAACGACGCCCGCUUCAAAGCCGGUAAACCCGCUCUCGGCUUCAUCAAUCCUCUUCUCUACAUUCUCGGUACAUCAGCACUUAAUGAUAUUACUGGAGGAGGUAGCGUAGGAUGUAAUGGGGUAAAUGGACAAACAGGAGCGAUAAUCCCAGGAGGUGCAGUCAUUCCAUAUGCAAGUUGGAAUUCGACGGUUGGAUGGGAUCCAGUUACUGGAUUGGGAACUCCGAAUUUUGAAAAAUUGAAGAAAUUGGUGUUGAGCUAUUAG